AUGCGGCAUGCAUUGUUUUUGCGCAUCGUCAACGCCAUGCAGUUCGAUCCGUACUUCCAACAACGCACGGAUGCACUUGGCAGACUCGACUUCACACCGUUGCAGAAAUGCACUUUUGCUAUUCUUCAAGUAGCAAAUGGAGGUGCAGCUGACCAGUACGACGAGUAUCUACAGAUUGUGGAUUCUACCUCGUUGGAGUGCUUCCGCAGAUUUUAUCGAGUCAUCAACCAACUUUUCGGCGCGGAAUACUUGAGGAGGCCAACUUCCGCCGACUGCCAAAGGCUUCUAGCACUGCACGAGGAGAAACACGGCUUCUCAGGAAUACUAGGCAGCCUCGAUUACAUGCCUCGAUUGAAUUUUAUUUUUAAUGAAAAUUUGGAAUUUUAA